AUGUUUCACUCACAAUAUGAAUCAAGACUAAGAAGUCCAUCUAGAGGUUCACCCUCAAAGUCUAUAAAUUGGAACCAGGAUCAACCUCCUCUGGGUGUACCCAAUUUCGAAAGAGUAAUAGAUUUAGAUUCAAAACAACAAAUCAACAACAGCAGUAGUAGUAGUGAUACCAACAGUAGUAAUUUCAAUAAUAAUAAUAAUAAUAAUAACAACAAUAAUAAUAGUUUUGAAUCAAAGAAUUAUAAAAACAUAAUUAAUAAUAGCAACAAUAAUAAUAAUAACAAUAGUUUAAAUAUAAGUUUCAAUGAAAGUACAUCAUCAUAUAAGAAUAACAAAUCACCAAUUAAAAAUAGUAAAUCACCUAUCAAAUUAAAUAAUAACAGUAGUAGUAAUUAUGGGGAUAGAUUUAUUUCGAUUCCAUUCACAACAGAGUCUCUUGAUAAAUUUUCGGUUUUGGAUGUCAAUCCAAUUCAUUCACCUUCACUCAACUCUAAUGCAUCGAGUUCGUCAUCGUCAUUUGACAAGCAAGAGAACCACUUGGCAUACAACCUCAUUUUGAAGAACGAGAUUCUUGGCAACCAUUCCAUUCUGGAAUACAACAAUCCACAGUCUAUACAAUUUUCCAACCAAAACGAUCCACUUUCCACCACACCUACCACUAAUACGACGACCACAUCCAAUAAUCCAACGACCACAGUCACCAACAACAGUAAUAACACCAACACCGCCACAUCAAACAUUUCCAACCAACAAUUUUCACAAACUUUUUCAUCGUCAACCUUUUCACAAUUGUCUUUGCUUGAAGGUGCUGAGGACAUUAUCGACAGCUACUCCACCAGCAGGAACAUACUCCAAUACACUCUGCCAAAGAAAAAGUCCAAAGAUUUCACUGAUUCACCGUAUAGUCUAUCGCCUCUUUCUGACAACUCACAAAAACUACUAUCGUCACCACGAAAGCCACAAAGAAAGAUUUCAAAGAUGCCAUUCAAAGUGCUGGAUGCACCUGCAAUCCUCGAUGAUUUCUAUCUUAACCUGAUUGACUGGAGCUCACAAAACAUUGUGGCAGUUGCACUCGAGUCAAGUGUCUAUCUGUGGAAUGCCGCCACCAGCAAGGUGUCAAAGCUCUGUGACUACCAGAACGGUGUUGUCACCUCGGUCAGUUGGAUACAGCGUGGAUCGCACUUGGCAAUCGGUGGCGACGAUGGUCUCGUCCAGAUUUGGGAUGAAGCAAAGACAAAACCAUUCUGCACCAUGAUAUCUCACAAUGCAGCAAUCAAAGCGAUCGCCUGGAGUCCGCAUCAACGCGGACUGCUAGCAUCUGGUGGAGGUACUCAAGACAAGUGCAUUCGUUUCUGGAAUACAUUCACUGGAACACCGCUGCAGGCAAUAGAUACCGGUUCUCAAGUGUGUAACCUGGCUUGGUCAAAGAACGUCAAUGAAUUGGUGUCAACUCACGUUUAA